AUGGAACAACCCAUAGAUCCCGAUGGAGAUGAAUGGGAGUAUGAGUACCAUGAGACUGAAACAGAGUCCUUCUAUCUAAACCUGGACCUCUCGGCCGUCCACGGACCCAUCCGCCCACCACGCCAACGCAAACAACAACCAGACACCACCUCCCACCCCAACGCCGAAGAAGAGGACUCAACACCUUCACACCGACCAGAACACACCCUUGAAGCAACCGCCACCAGCGAACCUUUCACGCCCCUCGACUCAACCGAACCAGAGGCGCUCGCCCACGAGCGAAUCCAGAUCCUCGGCCUCCACACGUGCAACCCGAUCAUCUCCUACUGUAACCAACUCUUCAGCUGCACCUGGGCCGAUCAAAUCGGCACCGAAUUGAUCUUCGCCCAUCCCGAUAGAAGCAAUACAAGCGAUCCGGGCCAGCCCUUCCCCGCCCCACUCCUGCAGGGUCCCUCCUUCGAGCUCCUCGCCGCCAACAGCGUGAAGAUCCUCGGUCGCAAAGCCAAUAUCACCUCCAGCGCGAGCUCGGGAUUGGUCGGUGAUGCACAAGCAGGCACUAGCACGAAUGUGGCCCCUCCCGCCUCGGUAGAGGAAGGGCCCACGCCCGCUACGAGUGUCCCCCGCCGCGCUGUCCAACCGUCGCAUCAGACGAAUUUCCUGGCGCGAUUGCAGAGUAUCAAGGCUGCGAGGGGUGAGACGGAUACCGUGCGGACGACGUAUAGUACGAGGCGGAAUGUGAAUAUUGCGGAUCGUUUGGGGGCGUGGGCUCGGACGGAGGCGCAGUUGGCGGAGAUUCAUUCGCUGAAUGAUCGCGCGCAUAAGGGGGAUGGUGAUGCCAUGGCCGCGCUGGAGCAGAUGAUGCGUGAGUUUGCGCAACAACAACAACAGGCACGGCAACAACAAGAAACAGAGCCGUCGUCGGUCCCGAUUGACCCGCAGCUUAUGUGA